AUGUUGAUUGAAGGUUUCCAACUUGGUUGUGUCUCCAGGCUGUGCAGUCUGACUCUGAAGAGGCUGAUGGUGUUGAAGGAGCUGGACAGAGAGCUCAGCUCCGUCGUCAUCGCUGUUAAGAUCCAGGGCUCUAAGAGGACUCUGAGAUCCAACGAAUACCUUCUUCCUCCGGACGGCCUGAUGGAAACCGACCUGGAGCUCACCUUCUCACUGCAGUAUCCUCAUUUCCUGAAGCGUGAUGUGAACCGUCUGCACGUGAUGCUGCAGAGGAGGAAGAGGUACAAGAACCGAACCAUCCUGGGCUACAAAACCCUCGCAGUGGGAGUCAUCAACAUGGCCGAGGUCAUGCAGCAGCCGACGGACGGAGCCCAUAUCCUCGGUCUCCAUAGCAACCUGAAGGAUGCUUCGAUGUGUGCAGCGGAGCUGAGCGUCCAUUCUCUCACCAGCCAGCCAGUCGAACAGGAGGACACAAGCGGUCACCACGGCAACAAGACCAAGGCCUCGGAUCGCUCUCCUGACAUGGAGAACUACUGGGAGGACGAUGACGACAGCUUCUCCUCCGAACAGGAAGGAAGUGACGACGCAGGUCAUCCUCAGGACAUGUAUUAUGAUGAUGACGACGUCCAGGGAAAGACGAAGAAAACUCGAAGUAAAAUGAUCCGAACAGCAUCCCUGACUCAGCAACCGAACUUCAAACAGAAGUUUGUGGCUCUGCUGAAAAGAUUCAAAGUCACUGAUGAGGUGCUGGACUCUGAUCCGGUGGGUCAGAGUCAGGAGGCCGAGGAGGACCUGGACCUGCUGUACGACAGUCUGGAGGUUUACAACCCGAGUGACAGCGGCCCGGAGCUGGACGACAACGACAGCAUCCAGAGCACGCCCAAACCCAAACUCAGGCCGUUCUUCGAUGGGAUUUCUCAUUCCAGCUCUCAGACUGAGAUUGGGAGUCUCAACAGUCAGAGGAACCAACAGAAAGAACAAACUGCAGCUGAAGUUGAGGAUGAUGUUGCCAUGGGAACAGAUGCAGGCCCGGCUGCCAAACUCUGUAAAACUGAGUCCCAACCACAAAUGUCACCGAGUAAGACAGGAAGUCAGCUGUCUCGCCAUCCCUGGACCGCCUCCACGAAGGACAGACAGAACUCUAGAGGGACAGACAGAACCAGCAGCGUGGACAGUGAGACUUCUUCUGACUACAGGAUACCUGCUCCACAGGUUGCCAGGAAGUCGGUUCUGGAUCAGCUGAAUCACAUCCUGUUCUCUGAUGAUCAGAUUCCUGAUUCCAUCAUCCUGAUCAACACCACAGACUGGCAGGGACAGUAUCUGUCGGAGCUUCUCUUUGAUCAGCCAAUCGUCUGCACCGUCUCAUCAGCUGACGUCCAGGCCGCCUUCAGCGCCGUCAUCAGCCGCAUCCAGAGAUUCUGUAACUGUAACUCACAGACUCCGCCCACUGUGAAGGUGGCGGUGGGCGGAGACCAGAGCUACCUGAGCACCGUCCUCUCCUGCUUUGUGGAGCAGCUGGCCAGCAAGACGCCCGAUUGGCUGAGCUACGUCCGCUUCCUCAUCCUCCCAGUCGGACCCCACCCGCUGGCCAAGUACCUGGCCGCCCUGGACAGUAAAUUCAACAGCCUGUUCAUGGACGCCGGCUGGAGGGAGCUGUUUGGACGGAUGGAGCCUCCUCCUCUUGAUCCCGUUGGAGUAGCAGCUCGAGUGUCUCAGUAUCUGAGCGGAGCGGCUGUUUCUCACCUGUGUCCGAUCUCAGAGGCCAUGCUCACCUGUAAACACAAGAGUCCCGACGACGACUCCUGUCAGAAGUUUGUUCCUUUUAUUGGGCUGGUGAAUGUCGGCAUCGUGGAGCAGAACCUCCGGUCCAUCUCAGUUGACUCUGAUGACAUCAUCCUGGGAUCUCCUCCCUCCCAAUCAGGAGCACCGAUCAGCCUCACCUCCACUCCCCCUCUCCUGUCCGGGGGUGAGGGACUGCAGGUGGACUACUGGAGCAGUCCGGGGGAGGAGGAGGAGGAGGAGGAGGAGGAGGAAGCGAAGGAAGGAGGAGAACUGAUGAGCAUGACGGUGGUUAUGAAGGAGAAGAACAAGAAAGUCAUGUUCCUCAGUAAGAAGAUGAAGGAGAAGGAGGCGGAGUCAAGGAGUCAGCUGAUCGAAGGCAUCAGCAGACUGAUCUGUACCUCCAAACACCAACACACACUGAGAGUCUCCAUAGACGGAGUGGAGUGGAACGAUGUGAAGUUCUUCCAGCUCGCUGCUCAGUGGCCGACUCACGUCAAACACUUUCCUGUGGGGAUCUUCAGCUACAACAAACCCUGA